GUAUAUAUAUACUCCCAAGCAAAGGCAAAGUUCAGCUAAAGUGUCUUUGCAGAUCCAAUCGACCGAACAAUCGCCAAUAAUUAAGCUAAAGCCAGUAGCUAAGCUAAGCUAGUCUAGCUAAGUCCCCCUAGCUAAUCAACCGAGAGAGAAAUGGUGGAGAAGACAGCAGGCGGCCAUGGCGCCGAGGCGGCGAAGGAGCGGAAGGGGCUGUGGUCGCCGGAGGAGGACGAGCGGCUGUACGCGCGGAUCACGCGGCACGGCGUGUCGACUUGGAGCUCGGUGGCGCAGCUGGCCGGGCUGCGGCGGAGCGGCAAGAGCUGCCGGCUCCGGUGGAUGAACUACCUCCGCCCGGACCUCAAGAAGGAGCCCAUCUCCAAGCGCGAGCAAGACACCAUCGUCUCCCUCCAGAAAUCCCUCGGCAACAGGUGGUCGGUGAUCGCGGCGAGGAUGCCGGGGAGGACGGACAACGAGAUCAAGAACUACUGGAACUCGCGCAUCAGGAAGCGCCAGAGCGUCGUCCUCACCAGCUCCGGCGACGGCGGCGGCGCUAAUGGUGACCCCCCGGCCGCCGCCGCCGCCGAGACCCAGCACGAGCUAGCACUAGCAGAAUCACCGGCCGGAGAGAAGAAAGAGCCGUUUAGCGCCGCGGCGGCGCCGCCUGCUGUGCCGCCGGCACGGUUCCCGGUGUUCGCGUGCCAGAUACCCGCCGGCAGCGCCAUUAAUGCGGCGCCUCAGUCCACGACGACCACGGCGCACGAGCACAACGGCGCGGGCUCAGAGAGCGAGGUGAGCGUCGGCGGCGGCGAGGAGCACUGCUACUACUACUACCGCGGCGGCGACGGCGACAUGGACAUGUUCGGGCACCUGCUCUCGUUCGACGACCUCGAGUACCCGGCGGCGGGGGCGGCCGGUGGUGAUCUUCUCAUGGAUGCGUGGGAGAGCCAGCUUUACUGCGCGAAUUCGGGAGGGAGCUCCGUUGAUUGAUUUAGCGAAGUGUGCGUGUGAUCGAGGGGAUUAGUCUGUUUGUUGGUAAAUUUGUUGGGUUUGUUGGAUGUUAAUUUCGUUUUGUAUGUACGCCUAGCCUAGGCAUUAUUCAGCUCUCUCUCGUGCACAGCCAAUCCCGAAUCCUUUUUUGUUGAGUUAAUUCAUCCAGUUGAU